AUGACUUUGCAGAGGCAUGAAAAAUGUAACUUGUUGACAUCGAUAAGUAGUUUGCAGUUGGAACAAUCUUUUGAUAAUCCGGUACUUAUCUUUGAGGAAGAGUUUGAUAUGGAGAUUCUCCAAUUAUCUCUACUAAGAGACACUGAGCCCCGAAUCAUAGAAGAAGCAUCUUCUCAUAACCCAACAGAGAAAGAGAAGGUCUCAGCUUUUAUUUUUGGCUCAUUCUUUUGGGACUGA